ACACACAGCAAGGGGACAGCAAAGGGCUGCUGGAUAAGACAGUGAUAGAUAGAUAGAUAAUGUUCAAGCAAUUCUGAUGCCUGCGAAUCGACCGCAUCACAAGCUGAGUCAAAUUCCACAACGACCAGCACAGCUCCUGGGAACAGCCCAGCUCGGAGCUGUGACUCUUGGAGGGACCACCACCAGCUGCUGAAAAUAGAGGGACAGGGACCACUCCCAGUGGACAAUUCUGCACUGAUCUCCAUUUCAGGGAGGUUCCCUAUUCUGGUAGAUAUUGACCAAAGAAUCCUGGUGCUGGAUGGCUGAAUGGAUCAUACAUUGGGAAAAAAAUCCACAAAGAUCACCACACCAUCACACAAUGUUACUGAGGAAGAAAAUGUCCAACCAAACCACCAUGACCGAAUUCCUUCUUCUGGGAUUCUCUGAUGUUCCAGAACUGCAGAUUUUACACUUUGUGGUGUUUCUAGUGCUUUAUCUGGCAUCCCUACUGGGGAACCUUCUCAUCAUCACAGCCAUAGCCCUCAACCAUCAACUUCACACCACCAUGUACUUCUUCCUGAUGAAUCUGUCCAUCCUAGACCUCGGCUCCAUCUCUGUCAUCAUCCCCAAAUCCAUGGCCAACUCCCUCAUGAACACAAGAUUGAUUUCUUAUUCUGGAUGUGUCGGCCAAGUCUUUCUUGUCUUCUUCUUUGCUUCAGCAGAUUUUGCCAUACUGACCAUCAUGGCAUACGACCGAUAUGUCGCCAUCUGCCAGUCACUGCACUAUGAGAGAGUGAUGAACAGAAGAGCUUGUGUCCAAAUGGCAGCCAGUGCCUGGAUCAGUAUUAUUCUCUACUCUGCAGUGCACACUGGAAACACAUUUGCAAUAUCUUUCUGUGGAGGCAACAUGGUGGAUCAGUUCUUCUGUGAAGUCCCCAUGCUCCUCAAGCUUGCUUGCUCUAACUCAGACCUCAGUGAAGUCAGGUUUCUCAUCUUUAGUGUGUGCUUAGCCUCAAGCUGCUUUGUUUUCAUAAUUGUAUCAUAUGUUCAAAUCUUCACCACAGUGUUGAGAAUCCCCUCUGAGCAAGGCCGGCAUAAAGCCUUCUCCACCUGCCUCCCUCACCUCAUUGUGGUCUCCUUGUUUAUUUGCACUGGGACCUUUGCCUACUUGAAACCCACCUCCAGCUCAACCUCAGGUCUGGAUCUCAUGGUGGCUGUUCUCUAUUCUGUGUUGCCACCAGUGAUGAAUCCGAUCAUCUACAGCAUGAGAAACAAAGAGCUCAAAGGUGCACUGAGUAAACUGAUAGUUUGGAGCUUAUUCUCUAAGAAUAAAAUGUCCAUGUUUCUCCAUCAGUAA